CGUGUGCCUCCCCUACUGCUGGGAUCAUGUCCCACAUGGAGACAACCAAUACGUGGUUCUUCAAACCUGGAUCAUCUUCAUUUUCCCCGGACAGUUCUCUUUUGUUGGACACCCCACUUUUUAAAAGCAACCAACUGCUCUUUGAUGAGUUUGGUGAAGGAAACCCACGCCUCCGAGAACCCCGAAAUCUCUUUGCUUUCUUCUCUAAUGAUGGGUUUCUGCAGGCUCCACGAUGGCCCAUAGAAUGUGAAGUCAUCAAGGAAAAUAUUCAUCAUAUUGAAUGGGUCCCGCCCAAGCCUGAGUAUUUCUAUCAACCUACAGGAAAUGAGAAGGUGCCGGAAAUUGUUGGAGAAGGAAAAGGCACUGUGGUCUAUUACAUUGAGUCAGCUCCUGCAGGUUCCUAUUUCACCAGCUCCAGAGUAGGAGGCAAACGAGGAUUGAUCAAACAACUGUCUGUUAAUUUGCAAGGCCCAGAAGAUGACACCCUGCUAUUUGAGUCAAGGUUUGAGAGUGGGAAUUUGCAGAAAGCCGUCAGAGUAGACACCUAUGAGUAUGAACUCACUCUGCGAACUGAUCUCUACACUAACAAGCACACGCAGUGGUUUUAUUUCCGCGUCCAGAAUACCAGAAAGGAAAUCACAUAUCGCUUCACCAUUGUCAAUCUGCUAAAACCCAAGAGCCUUUACACCAUAGGGAUGAAGCCUCUGCUAUACUCCGAGUUGGAUGCCCGGACCCAGAGCAUCGGCUGGAGGCGAGCAGGAGAUGAGAUCAAGUACUACAAGAAGAGCGCAGAGGAGGGACAGCCCACCUUCUACUGCCUCACAUGGACAGUCCGGUUUCCACACGACCAGGACACCUGCUACUUUGCUCACUUCUACCCUUACACAUACACGGAUUUGCAGUAUUACUUGCUGACAGUGACCAACAAUCCCAUCCAGUCUCAGUUCUGCAAGCUCAGGACUCUGUGCAGAAGCCUUGCGGGCAAUACCGUCUAUCUGCUCACCAUCACCAACCCAUCCAAGAGCUCAGAAAUGGCCGCUGCGAAGAAAGCAGUCAUUUUGAGUGCCAGAGUCCAUCCUGGGGAGAGCAAUGGCUCCUGGAUGAUGAAAGGAUUCCUCGACUUUAUCCUGGGAGACUCCCCUGAUGCCCAUCUCCUCAGAGACAUCUUCAUUUUUAAGGUGGUUCCCAUGCUUAAUCCAGAUGGCGUGAUUGUGGGGAAUUACCGCUGUUCAUUGGCAGGCAGGGACCUGAACAGGCAUUACAAGACAAUUCUGAAAGAGUCUUUCCCCUGUAUCUGGCACACCAGGAAUAUGAUCAAGAGAGUCCUUGAAGAGCGGGAGGUCCUUCUGUAUUGUGAUUUCCACGGGCACAGUCGUAAGAACAACAUCUUUCUGUACGGCUGUAACAGCGCCAACCGCAAACGAUGGCUACAUGAGCGAGUCUUCCCCUUAAUGCUGAGCAAAAAUGCCCCAGACAAGUUCUCCUUCCGGAGUUGUAAUUUUAAAGUCCAUAAAUGCAAAGAAGGGACUGGACGGGUUGUGAUGUGGCGGAUGGGAAUCCUGAACAGCUACACAAUGGAGUCGACCUUUGGAGGGUCAACAUUAGGCAGGAAAAGGGAUACUCAUUUUAACACUGAGGAUCUGAAAUCCCUCGGCUAUCAUGUCUGUGACACACUUCUUGAUUUCUGUGAUCCUGACCGUACUAAGUUUGUGCAAUGUUUAACAGAGCUUAAAGAGGAAAUCUAUAAGAAAUUCUCAGAACUUGGACAAGAAAUGGACUUGGAUGGCAAUUGGAGUGACAUCUUGUCUGACAUUGAAUCCAGUACCAGUGGUUCGGACAGCUCCCUCUCAGAUGGGCUUCCUGUUCAUUUACUGGAUGUGGCAGAAAAGUCUCCAUCCUCCCAAAUGAUCUUAUGGAUCAAAAAUAAGAAAAAGAAACCACUGGAGACCAGAAAGCAAAGAAAUGAGAUGCAUCAGAAAAACAGAUUAAUCCAGGAGUUAAAGUUAACAGAAGAUGGCCAAGAAAAAACAGAAUUUACCACCAUGCUGAAAAAACAGCCUGUCUUCUUCAAAGGUCCAGAGGCCCGAGUGAAAAAUGAGAACUCAAAGUUUAACGAGAGCAAGAAACCAAGUUUUAAAAUUCCAGACCCUCGGAGGAAGGGCCCGACCAGCAGUCAUGAGGUAACAUCAGGUAUGAAGCGAAUCAGGUCUAAGGGCAGAUACCCUGCAAAGAAGACACAUCAAGUCUUCUCCGUGUCCCAGCCUUCCUUUCACACACACAUAUACCCACAGGAUCUUGAGGCUCUGCGUUCUGAAUAACACCCCACUCUGUCUCCUGGUAGCCGUACUGGUUUGGGUUUGGAUGCAUUAUGUAAUG